AAAUGAAACGGUGACCGAACGUAUGGAUCAAAUGGUAUCAAAUUUAACUCCCAUACACCCGGAAAGAUGCAUCUUCAGGGUUCCCGAGGUAUUGCGGGAUGGAAACGAGGAGUUCUACGAGCCGAAGGUGAUCUCCAUCGGCCCUUAUCACCAAGGAAAACCUGGCCUAAAUUCUAUGGAAGAGCACAAGAUUCGUUACCUACGAACUAUUCUCCAAAGAACAGGUAACCAGAGUGUGGACUGCUUUGUCCAAGCCGUCCUGCCGCAUGAAGAGAAAGUGAGAAAAUGUUACGCGGAGAGUAUAGACUAUCUUUCGAGUGAUGAACUAGUCCAAAUUCUGGUGUUGGAUGGAUGCUUCAUUAUUGAGCUUUUUACUAGGUAUCAGAUGAUAGGAUCUGGCAUGAUUGAUGACGACCCGGUGAUUAACUCCAUUGUCUUGUUAGUUGCGUUGUGGAAAGACAUGUUAUUAAUUGAGAACCAGAUUCCAUUUUUCAUUCUUGAAAUCUUGUUUAACACUAUUCAUCCUGAUCUCUCUAACGUUAACGAACUCAAACGUCAAACCUUAUUCUUCUUUUAUAGCAGGCUUACACAUUAUUCUUGGCCUCCCGGUGAUAUUGUUCAAUUUCUGAGUAAGAACAUAUUCAUCAUUGAUGAAAGUUUUAUAAAGGAACGGAUGACCCAAGACACAGAGCAAUUAAUUAGCCAAAAUGUAUAUCAUUUGCUGGACAUUAUCCACAAGGCUAUAUGCUUCAGAUUCAAAGAAAGCCCGUCGACUCCUUCUCUACCACAAAUUGAAAGGGAGUUUGUGAAGUCGGCCACAAAGAUCAAGGAAGCCAAUGUUAGGUUGAAUGCGUCCUCAUCAUCCCAAAAAACAAGCAUAUUUGACAUAACAUUUAAGGAUGGAGAGUUGAAGAUACCAAAUUUGGGUAUAGAUGAUGCUUCUGAGACUGAGAUUCUAAACUUAAUUGCUUUUGAGUUGUGUCAACCAAACCAGAUGAAGAGGUAAUGUACCCAUGAUUAUCAUAAACUCAAGACAAAUUUGUUAUAUCAUAUAUAUUCUUCUA